GAGAAGACUGGCAAGACAAAUUUCUCAGAAAAAUGAGCACUGAAGGAAAAGUUAUUAAAUGCAAAGCAGCAGUUGCCUGGGAAUCAGGCAAGCCCCUUUGCAUUGAAGAAGUUGAGGUGGCUCCCCCCAAAGUUCAUGAAGUUCGAAUUCAGAUUAUUGCUACUGCAGUUUGUCACACUGAUGCCUAUACCCUGAGUGGGGCAGAUCCUGAGGGGAGUUUUCCAGUUAUCUUGGGACAUGAAGGUGCUGGAAUUGUGGAAAGUGUUGGUGAAGGAGUGACUAAGUUUAAGGAAGGUGACACUGUCAUACCACUUUAUAUUCCACAGUGCGGGGAAUGCAAAUUUUGUCUAAAUCCUAAAACAAAUCUUUGCCAGAAGAUAAGAGUCACUCAAGGGAAAGGGUUGAUGCCAGAUGGAACUAGCAGAUUUACUUGUAAAGGAAAGACGGUUUUACACUACAUGGGAACCAGCACAUUUUCUGAGUACACAGUUGUAGCUGAUAUCUCCGUUGCUAAAAUUGAUCCUUUAGCACCUUUAGAUAAAGUCUGUCUUCUGGGCUGUGGCAUUUCAACUGGUUACGGUGCUGCUGUGAACACUGCCAAGGUGGAGCCUGGGUCUACAUGUGCAGUCUUCGGACUGGGAGGAGUUGGAUUGGCAGUUAUCAUGGGCUGUAAGGUGGCUGGUGCAUCACGGAUCAUUGGUGUGGACAUCAAUAAAGAUAAAUUUGUGAGGGCCAAGGAGUUUGGAGCCUCUGAAUGCAUUAACCCCCAGGACUUCAGUAAGCCCAUCCAGGAAGUGCUUAUAGAGAUGACCAGUGGGGGAGUGGAUUAUUCCUUUGAGUGCAUUGGUAAUGUGAAGGUUAUGAGAGCAGCACUCGAGGCCUGCCACAAGGGCUGGGGUGUCAGCGUGAUAGUGGGAGUCGCUGGUUCUGGUGAAGAAAUCGCCACUCGUCCAUUCCAGCUGGUUACAGGCCGCACGUGGAAAGGCACUGCCUUUGGAGGGUGGAAAAGUGUAGAAAGUGUUCCAAAGCUGGUGUCUGAAUAUAUGUCCAAAAAGAUAAAAGUUGAUGAAUUUGUGACUCACAAUCUGUCAUCUUUAGACCAAAUUAACAAAGCCUUUGAACUGAUGCAUGCAGGAAAGAGCAUUCGAACUGUUGUGAAGCUUUAGAGUCAAGAGAGAUGGCCUCAGAUCUUAGUUGUGGUUGCUGGAAGCACAGGUGGAGCCCUUCCAGAGAGGCCCUCAGUAGCUCCCUCUUGAGAAUAAUGUCUAUAAAUUCACACAUCUAUAAUCAAGGACAAGGUUAAUGCCAUCAUGUUUUCUAUACUCUACGUGAAUAAUGGCUAGGUCACUAAGGAAUAUUUUUAGCACAAUAAAGUCAUUUCUGCA